AUGGCCGAGAUCAAUGGGAGUUUUGUCUCCCCUCCGGCUGAUGCCACUCUUUAUCCUUCACUUUUCCAGCCUGCCGGCAUCGUCGCGGACUUCCUGAACGGUUUGACUGUGUGGAAGGCCCUGAUCACUUUGCUCGCUCUCGCCAUCGCCUACGACCAGUUCCGAUACAUCUAUCUCAAGGGCGCCAUUAUUGGCCCAGCAUGGAAACUUCCGUUCAUGGGGCCGUUCCUCCAAUCUGUCAACCCCAAGUUUCAUGAGUACAAGGCCAAAUGGGACAGCGGCGACCUGAGCUGCGUGUCUGUUUUCCACAAGUUCGUCGUUAUCGCGUCGACUCGCGAUAUGUCGCGCAAGAUCUUCAACUCGCCAGCCUACGUCAAGCCCUGUGUUGUCGAUGCCGCCCACAAGCUGCUCGGCAAGACCAACUGGGUCUUCUUGGAUGGCAAGGAGCACGUUGACUUCCGCAAGGGCUUGAACAACCUUUUCACUCGUUCAGCGCUUUCUUGCUAUCUCCCCCGCAUGGAGGAGGUGUACAACGAUUAUUAUGCUCGCUUCCUCCAAAAGUCCAAGGACUCUAACCACACGCCAACUGCUUGGAUGCCCGAAUUCCGUGAACUGAUGUGCGCUGUCUCUUGCCGCACCUUUGUGGGACACUAUAUCACCGAUGAGACCAUCAUGAAGAUUUCUGAUGACUACUACAACAUCACCGCGGCCAUGGAACUGGUCAACUUCCCCAUCAUCCUUCCCUUCACCAAGACCUGGUACGGAAAGAAGGCUGCGGAUAUGGUUCUUGAGGAAUUCGCCAAGUGCGCUGCCAAGAGCAGGGCUCGCAUGUCUGCUGGCGGAGAGGUCAGCUGCAUCAUGGAUGCGUGGAUCAAGGCUCAGCUCGACUCCGCCAAGUACCGUGAGAAGAUUGCCCAGGGAACUGCUGUCGACUCGUCCGAAAAGCCCCCUCAAGUUCUGCGUGACUUUACAGACUACGAGGUCUCCCAGACUAUCUUUACCUUCCUGUUCGCGUCUCAGGAUGCCACCAGCUCCGCCUGCACAUGGUUGUUCCAGCUCAUGGCUGAUCGCCCCGAGAUCCUGGACAAGGUCCGCGAGGAGAACCUCAGACUCCGCAACGGUGAUAUCACCGCGCCUCUGACCAUGGAGCUGCUUGACAACAUGACCUACACCCGCGCUGUGGUCAAGGAGACCCUCCGCUACCGGCCUCCCGUCAUCAUGGUUCCCUACGUGUGCAAGAAGGACUUCCCUAUUACCGACAAGAUCACCGUCGCUAAGGGAUCUAUGCUCAUUCCAUCCGUUUACCCUGCCACCCGUGACGAAGAGGCUUACCCGAACGCGGACUCCUUCGACCCUGAGCGUUGGGUUUCCGGUACCGCUGAACAGCACCCCAAGAACUGGCUGAUUUUCGGCACUGGUCCCCACUACUGCUUGGGUCAAACAUACGCUGUCCUCAACCUGAUGGCCAUGAUCGGCAAGGCCAGUAUGGAGAUGGAUUGGGAGCACACCCCUACUCCUCUUUCCGAAGAGAUCAAGGUUUUCGCCACCAUCUUCCCUCAGGAUGACUGCCUGCUUACUUUCCGUCCUCGCGUUUGA